GCAACUGAAAAGCAAACAAAAACAAAUUACUGGGUGAAAACAAGCAAUGAAUACAAGAAAAUAUACCAAUGACAUAAAAUAUACUAAAUAGCAGGGGUUCAAGUUAAACUAUAUACAUUAUAUUGAACACUAAAUGCCCCCAAAUAAACAAAAAUAAACAGAAACAAUGAAUCCGUAAACAAAAUAAUCCAUACCAAAGUAAUACCAUUUCUCAAUCAUACAAUAAAGACUGAGGUGGUAAAAUACGGCGUGUGGGUCCCCAUGCGCAAACACAAAAGUCUGCAGGUGACAAAACAGAAAUCCACACUGCAGAGAUAAGCAGUGGCAGAAAACAACGGCGGCGAGAGCAAGCAUCUUUGAGGAGACAAACCAGCCAGAGACAAAGCAGCAGGAGUCCCAGUUGGCUGACUUCAGCAGAGAAAAGGGUCGCGGCAAGCACACACACACUAGCGAGGAGGGAGGACGGAAACCCAGGCAGCUCAGUACGUUUCCACUGCAGCGAGGAGCAGGUGAUGCGCGCACUACACACACGGACUCACAGAGUGCACCAAAUGGGGCCACCACUUGCUCUGUUACACGGACGUGAAGCAGAGGCAGAAACGGGGGAAGGGCUGCUCCACUUCAGUGGUUGGUCACCAGUUGAAGCAGCCCAGCAUUAACAGCUGUAAUAUACAUGCUGCUACAUAGGCAUUAUAUUGAGUAAAUUUCCGGUGUUCAAUCUCGCAGUGCUGAAACUGGAUGAACGCGUCAACUUCAGUAAUUACAUCCAGCCUGCAUGUUUGGACGUUGACAAUGCCAGAUCCUUCCCUGUUGGGACUCCAUGUUGGGUGGCAGGCUGGGGCACUGGCAGCAACAACAGAGGCGUUGGUAAAGCUGGUUCAACUCUUCGAGAUCUUGAAACUCAAGUGGGAAGUUGUGGGAAUGCUUCUGACACAGACAGCAUUUGCACUUUCACCAUGGCCCUUCAACAGGGAGAAAUAUUGCAGAUGUUCAGGUAUUUGAAAAAGCUUCGAAAUUCGCUUCAGUGAUAAAGGAGACAGUUGGCGACAUCCCCUCCCCUGAAGCAGUAGCAGGAAAUUCUCCAGCUGGGCAGCUGAAAUGUGAGGGGUCACAAUGGGAGGAUAAAUACAAGGGCCAGCAGGCUACAGGGGUGUCGCAGACGAAGGCCGGAUCUUCUCCUUCCCUCUCUCAGCUCUCCUCUCAAACUCAAAGUCAGGAUGCCUCACUCAUACCCCUUCCUCACUCCUGAGCAGAAGAAGGAGCUCAGUGAUAUUGCUCAGAGGAUCGUCACUCCCGGCAAGGGAAUCCUUGCCGCAGACGAGUCCACCGGCAGCGUGGCCAAGCGCUUCCAGAGCAUCAAUGCUGAGAACACUGAGGAGAACAGGAGGCUGUACCGCCAGCUCCUCUUCACCGCCGACGACCGCAUCAACCCUUGCAUUGGUGGCGUCAUCCUCUUCCACGAGACCAUGUACCAGAAGACCGACGAUGGCAAGCCCUUCCCACAGUACCUCAAAGAAAGAGGCAUGGUGGUGGGCAUCAAGGUCGACAAAGGUGUUGUCCCCCUGGCCGGAACCAACGGCGAGACAACCACCCAGGGUCUUGAUGGACUGUAUGAGCGCUGCGCCCAGUACAAGAAGGAUGGUGCUGACUUCGCCAAGUGGCGUUGCGUUCUGAAGAUCACCCCAACUACUCCCUCCAAGCUGGCCAUCCUUGAGAACGCCAACGUCCUGGCUCGCUAUGCCAGCAUCUGCCAGAUGCAUGGCAUCGUCCCCAUCGUGGAGCCUGAGAUUCUCCCCGAUGGCGACCAUGACCUGAAGCGCUGCCAGUACAUCACCGAGAAGGUCCUGGCUGCCGUCUACAAGGCCCUGUCCGACCACCACGUCUACCUGGAGGGCACCCUGCUCAAACCCAACAUGGUUACUGCCGGACACUCCUGUUCACACAAGUACAGCAACCAGGAGAUCGCCAUGGCAACUGUUACUGCCCUGCGCCGCACCGUGCCCCCUGCAGUUCCUGGCAUUACCUUCCUGUCUGGUGGCCAGAGUGAGGAGGAGGCCUCCGUCAACCUGAACGCCAUGAACCAGUGCCCUCUGCACAGACCUUGGGCCCUGACCUUCUCAUAUGGUCGUGCUCUGCAGGCCUCUGCCCUCAAAGCCUGGGGUGGAAAGAAGGAAAAUGGCAAAGCAUGCCAGGAUGAGUUCAUCAAGAGAGCUCUGGCUAACAGCCUGGCCUGCCAGGGCAAAUACGUCACCUCGGGAACCAGUGCUGCUGGUGGAGAGUCUCUGUUUGUGGCUAAUCAUGCUUAUUAAGCAUGGACACCAUAUCCACCUUCUUCCCUCCAUCAUCACACCACUGUGGAAAAGGGCACGUCCUCUGUUGCACUGUCCAUGAAAUUCUCUCGUACCUACAGCAAGAGCAGCAACGGCACUGUUGCGACACCUUGGUUGAAAGCAAAAGAGAAAGAAGAAUAAAACUUUCCCUUAGGUUGCUGCUUCAGCUAGGAGAUUCUGGAAGUUUUCUGCCUCCAUUCCCUUACGUUUUGUUUUUAAACACCUUUUUUUUUUAGGUGAAAAUUCCCUCACUGUUUUUACACAACUUGUACUAUUUUCCUUGGUCUGAUCCCAUCAAGUCCAGUAUAGGAUUUAUACUGGCGCCACGGAAUAAAGUAUUCACCCUAA